AGAAUGAAGACGUCACGAUUGAAUCCCAUCAGAUUACCACAAGUGCGCUGGAUCAUGUACACUUUUUCAACUCGACCGUUCGUUUGACGACGAUUCAGGGAGGAGCGGUUCAACUGCAUCUUAACAGCCCCGACGGUGACGAAUAUUUUACACUUGAUUAUGACAAUCUUGGCUCCGAGUUUACCCUCCUUGCCAACCGUUUCGAGAUGGAAAGUGUGAUACCGGGAGACUACAUAAUAACGCCGAUAUCCGGCGUGGAACUAUACCACCGCACCUUCACCGUCCCGCUAAAUACCAAAAACGCCACGCAACUGGUGUUGAUGUGUCGAUAUAAUUUGGACUUCUGGAUGCAGUUGUUCUAUUUUCAAUGGACGCAUGGCCCAGGCACCUGCGAAUAUCGCCUGUAUAGCGGAGCCGUUGUAAAGGAUGAGCCUGAAAAAGCCCUCAUCACUUUUAGGGACAGCGAUACGUUCUACCCGCAACUCCUUACUGGAGAUACCUUUUCAAUUUUCGUCCCACCCGGCUGCACCCCGACACUUGUCGUGCGCGAAAUCAAUUUGGACAAUAGAACCUACGAGCAGUGUCGCGGAGACGUUUUUAACAUCGGUUUUGGGUACGGGGACCCGAUGCAUCUUCAAUAUUGGUGGACGGUUAACUACGAAUGGACAUGGCAUUGUUUUACUACCGUAAAUUUACAAUUUGAACUUGUGGAUUUGAUUACUGGCGAGCUAUCCAUAAACGUCCGAGACGAGAAUAAUCGAACGGUUGAUGGCGGAAGUCUUGACUUCCGCCCUGGCCCCUCAACAUCUCCCCGAAAUAUAAGUUACGCCGGUGUCACUGCAAUUACGGUAAAAUGGACAAAUGGGGUGCCAAAAGUCUUUGAUAUCAUCCCGCUUUCGGCGGUCAACACGUUCGACAAUCAGUACCUUGUUGCGGCAAAGGAUGAAAAUACCACGCAGCUGAUCGUCAUUUUGCCUUGGAAUGUGGAAUUUUGGACGGAGCUGGUGUAUUUGCAAUGGGCGCACGGUACGAUUAACUGCGAAUAUCGUUUGUAUAGUGGCGCUGUUGUAGAAGAUGAUCCCGAAAAAGUGUUGAUGACUUUUAGAGACGCGGAGACUUUCUACCCGCAACUCCUCACCGGUGAUACCUUUUCGAUUUUUAUCCCGCCCGGAUGUAGCCCAACCUUGGUCUUCCGGCAAAUCAGCUUGGUCAACCCGGUUUUGCAACAAUGCCGUGGAGAAGCGCUAAAUAUUGGGUUUGGCUAUGGUGACCCGAUGCAUCACGCCUAUGACGAUCGAUUUUCGAGCUACGAAUGGACUUGGCAUUGCUUCGCCCCGGUUGAUGUACAGUUUCAAGUGGUUGACCUAAUAGCUGGUGAACUCUCCAUCGAAGUGCAAGACAUCAAUAAUCAAACAGUUGAUAAUGGAAACGUCGUCUUCCACCCAGCAGAUUGGCAAACGCAACAAAACACGAGUUAUCAAGGAGUGACGAAAAUUACGGUAAAAAAACCG